AUGGAGGUCAAGAUCUACACAGCGAUCAGUAAGAUCGAUCGUUUAGAGUGGAACAAGUGCUGCGAGGAGGCUGCAGGGAAGGGCAAGGAGAAUCCCUUCCUCGCGUGGGAGUUUCUGAACGCCCUCGAGGAAUCUGGAUCGGCUUCAGGGGCUUCGGGCUGGGCCCCCCACCACCUUGUUGUGCAUGACAAGCACAGCAGUCGCAUCCUUGCUUGCGCUCCUGUGUACCUCAAGGGCCACAGCUAUGGGGAGUAUGUGUUCGACCAUUCCUGGGCUAGAGCAUACAGGACGUUCUCCAGCGACAACUACUACCCGAAGCUGCAGUGCUGCGUGCCUUUCACUCCUGUGAUGGGGCCGAGGCUGAUGGCGAGGGGCGAGACGGAGGAGGAGGCAAGGAGAGCGAGGAGGGCGCUGGCUCGGGGGAUGGUGGAACUGUGUAGUAAGUACGGGCUGAGCAGUGCGCAUGUGACAUUUCCCACCAAGGAAGACUGGGAGCUGAUGGGCAGGCAAGGGUUCCUGCUGCGGACGGGGAUACAGUACCACUGGAGGAACGAAGGGUACCAGAGUUUCGACGAGUUCCUGAUGCGGCUGAAGCAGUCGAGGAGAAAGAGCAUCAGGCAGGAGAGGAACAAGGUGGCGAAGGCGGGGGUGAGGGUGAAGGCUCUGACGGGAGAAGAGAUUGAGGAGAGGCAUUGGGAUGCGUUCUAUCAGUUCUACCUCAAUACGGUAGAUGAGAAAUGGGGGCAGGCUUACCUGAACCGAAAGUUCUUCACCCUGUUGGGAAGGGAAAUGGCAAACAAGGUCUUGCUCGUGGUGGCGGAGGAGGAGGAGACUGGAGAGCUGGUGGCGGGAGCGCUGAACCUCAUUGGAGGAGACUGCCUGUAUGGCAGGAACUGGGGAUGUAGCAAGAAGUACGACUCUUUGCACUUUGAGCUUUGCUACUACCAGGCCAUCGAUGCCGCCAUCCGCAUGGGGCUUCAACGGGUGGAGGCAGGAGCGCAGGGGGAGCACAAGAUUUCCCGCGGUUACCUCCCGACCUUCACUUACAGCGCUCACUUCAUACGCGUUCCCAACUUUCGCAAUGCUGUGAACCAAGCGCUGGUUCAGGAAAGGGAUCAGAUCAUUUAUGCGUCUGCCAUGCUCACACUGCAAGAGUCGCCAUACAAGGUGAACCAACACCGCAGCUCAUCCUCACCGUGCUGA